AUGGCUGCGGCCACCUCUAACCCCUACCUCCCCGGCAACGGCAUCCUGGCGGCCGGCUCCAUCGUCCACGCCGACUCAGGCGGCGGCGGCGGCGGCGGUGGCGGCGGCAUGCAGCCGGGCAGCGUGGCCGUCACCUCCGUGGCGGGCGGCUACCGCGGCGACCCGGCGGCCAAGAUGGUCCAGAGCGACUUCAUGCCGGGCGCCAUGGCCGCCAGCAACGGCGGCCAUAUGCUGAGCCAUGCCCACCAGUGGGUGACAGCCCUGCCCCACGCCGCCGCCGCCGCCGCCGCCGCCGCCGCCGCUGCCGCCGAAGCAGGCUCGCCCUGGUCCGGCAGCCCCGUGGGCAUGACGGGCAGCCCCCAGCAGCCGCCGCCGCCGCCCGACGUCAAGGGCAGCGGCGGGCGCGACGACUUGCACUCGGGCGCGGCGCUGCACCACCGGCCGCCCCACCUGGGCCCCCCGCACCAGGGGCACCCGGCGGCCUGGGGGGCGGCGGCGGCCGCCCACCUGCCCUCCAUGGCCGGCGGGCAGCAGCAGCAGCAGUCGCUCCUCUACUCGCAGCCCGGGGGCUUCACGGUGAACGGCAUGCUGAGCCCCCCCCCCGGCGGGCAGAGCCUGGUGCACCCCGGGCUGGUGCGCGGCGAGACGCCGGAGCUGGGCGAGCACCCCGGGCACCACCACCACCACCACCACCAGCACCCCGGGCACCACCCGCCGCACCACGGCGGCGUCAACAGCCACGACCCGCACUCGGACGAGGACACGCCGACCUCCGACGACCUGGAACAGUUCGCCAAGCAGUUCAAGCAGCGGCGGAUUAAGCUGGGCUUCACCCAGGCCGACGUGGGGCUGGCGCUGGGUACCCUCUACGGCAACGUCUUCUCGCAGACCACCAUCUGCCGCUUCGAGGCCCUGCAGCUCAGCUUCAAGAACAUGUGCAAGCUGAAGCCUUUGUUGAACAAGUGGCUGGAGGAAGCCGACUCCUCCACGGGCAGCCCCACCAGCAUCGACAAGAUCGCCGCCCAGGGCAGGAAGAGGAAGAAGCGGACCUCCAUCGAGGUGAGUGUCAAGGGGGCCUUGGAGAGCCACUUUCUGAAAUGCCCCAAGCCCUCCGCCCAGGAGAUUACGAACCUAGCGGACAGCCUGCAGCUGGAGAAGGAGGUGGUCAGGGUUUGGUUUUGCAAUCGGAGGCAGAAAGAGAAACGGAUGACCCCCCCGGGGAUCCAGCAGCAGACCCCCGACGAUGUCUACACCCAGGUCGGCACCGUCAACUCCGACACGCCGCCCCCUCACCACGGACUGCAGACCAGCGUGCAGUGAGGGGCACCGCGGGCGGG